CGUUACUUAGUCCUGUAUAAACCCAACAAUCCGCUUUAGAUACAUCCGGCUAACUGAAAGCUACCGAAACACCGUCUACUUCCGCGAGAAUUUGUACUCUCGCGAGGAAGGCAGCGAGAUUUCUUGUAUUUACAGGAAAGAUGGCGGAUCGGCUAACACAACUUCAGGACGCAGUCAAUUCGCUUGCUGAUCAGUUCUGUAAUGCCAUCGGUGUUCUGCAACAAUGCGCCCCACCUGCCUCUUUCAGUAACAUCCAGACGGCUAUCAACAAGGAUCAGCCCGCAAACCCCACCGAAGAAUAUGCUCAGCUGUUUGCCGCCCUUAUAGCCCGAACAGCCAAAGAUGUGGACGUCCUGAUCGACUCUCUGCCCAGUGAGGAGUCCACGGCAGCUCUGCAGGCGGCCAGCCUCCGGCAGUUGGAGGAGGAGAACCACGAAGCGGCGGCACGCCUGGAGGAGGUGGUUUACCGUGGCGACAUGCUGCUGGAGAAGAUCCAGAACGCUCUGGCCGACAUCGCCCAGUCGCAGCUACGUACCCGGAAUGGAGCACUGACCCAGCCGGCGCCGGCCGAGUCCUGAUCCGCCGCUGUUUGUAGACAAUAAGCCGGUUCACUGAGGAUGCUUCAUUCGUCUGGAUUAUAUUUUGACCUGUAUUGUUUUUUUUUGUUUUUUUUACAUAUGUUACGUGUUGAUAGAAAUGUUGAAACUUCCGUCUCUUUUGUAAAUAUGUGACAGACGGGUACAGGGGUGUGUUUCUUUAAUUGAUUUCAUUUAUCUCUGUCUAUAUCUACUGUGUUACUCCUGAUAAUGCAGAUAAAAGUUUGAAAACUUUCUGCAUCA